AUGUCCAUAUCUACCAAUGGCACAAUGGAUUCCGGGUCGCCCGGCACCAGGCUUCUCAAGGAUGUCAUCAACACAUCCAUCACCCGCACACCUUUACCAUUGGAUAGGGAUAGCGGCACCGAGCUAUACAGACAGCAUAGUAACAAGGAAGAAAAGAUGCAGAAUCCAAAGCUGAAGAGAGUUGCAUCAGGUAUUCAGACCUCUGCCUCAAGGCGCUCGGCGAAUGGAUACAUGCCCGUCGAAGACUAUGGAUUAAUUGGAAAUAUGAGGACCUGUGCUAUGGUUGCUAUAGAUGGCGGAAUCGACUACAUGUGCUGGCCUUACUUUGAUUCACCAUCGGUUUUCUGCCGGAUUCUGGACAAAAACAAGGGUGGCCACUUUACCAUAGGUCCAACUGGCGACGAUUCUUGCACGACCAAGCAACAGUAUCUGCCCGUGAGCAAUGUUCUUCAAACACGCUACCUGAAGGAGGAGGGCGUCAUGAAUGUCGUGGACUUCUUCCCGAGGCCAAACGACAAGAAUUGGGAUGCCAAAUAUCAUGCGAGUGUAAUCGCAAGCAACCACACAGGAAACGUGCCUGAUCGCCCCGAUCUGAAGAAGUGGCUGGUCCGUCGAGUAGAAUGUAUGCGGGGCAAAGUUGACGUGUGCGUCGAAAUCUUCCCUGCUUUCAACUAUGCGCAAGACAAGCACACUACCGAGAUCGUCGACAUGGGUAAGGGACAUGGUCUACAGCGAGUCACCUUCAGAUCGAAGGACCUAUCCCUGGAGCUCAACGCGACGAUCGAUUGUGGGGAUGAACCAGACCGUGUAUGCCCAAGGGUGGUUUUCGAAAAGUCGUUAGAGCCGCAUGAUCUGGGCAUAGGCGUUACGGCUACUUUCACCUUGGAAGAAGGCCAGGCUGUAUCCUUCAUCCUACGCGAUGCAGACGAUCACAGUCCAGACGUCAUUGAAACAAAGCAAGUCGAAGAGUUGCAAACUAGCACCCAGAAGUACUGGUCUAGGUGGAUAGGACAAAGCAAAUACAUGGGUCGAUGGGAGGAGGUGGUUACUAGGAGUUUGCUGUUUCUCAAGAUGCUGACGUUUGAGCCCAGCGGAGCCAUUGUUGCUGCGCCGACAUUCUCCCUGCCUGAAGACUUUGGUGGAUCGCGAAACUGGGAUUACCGCUACUCGUGGGUGCGUGAUGCGUCCUUUACCAUCUACACCUUCCUCCGGAUGGGAUUCAGUUAUGAAGCAGAAGCUUAUAUAAGCUACAUCUUCCAACGCGUCAAGGAGGCCAAAGCACGAAAGGGAGCUCUACCAAUCAUGAUGACUAUCUGGGGCGGCACAGACAUACCCGAGCUCGAACUACCUCACCUAGAAGGGUAUAGGACCAGUCAACCGGUGCGGAUCGGCAAUGGCGCGGCUUUCCACGUACAGCUGGACAUUUACGGUGAGCUGAUGGAUGGAAUCUAUCUCGUGAACAGAUUCGGACGUCCGAUCUCGUACGAUCAAUGGCUUCUAGUCCGAGAGAUUGCGGACUACGUCUGCACCGUGUGGAAGGAGUCAGAUAUGUCAAUAUGGGAAGUACGCGGUAAGAAGCAGAACUUUGUGUACAGCAAGAUGAUGCUGUGGGUCGCUCUUGAUCGAGCACUACGUCUGGCGGACAAGAGGAGCUUUCCGUGUCCCCACCGAGCUGAGUGGUAUCGGGUUCGCGAUGAAAUCUAUGAAGAGGUCAUGGACAAGGGCUACAACUCGGACUUGGAGUGCUUCAUCCAGAGCUACGAGUCGAACAAUAUCCUCGACUCGGCCGUACUGAUUGCGCCUUUGGUCUUCUUCAUAUCUCCGACUGAUCCUCGCUUCCUCAAAACUCUGGACCGUAUACUCAAGGCUCCUGAGAAGGGCGGUCUGACCAGUACCGGUUUGGUGUACAGGUACAACCAUGCCCUGAGCGACGAUGGCGUAGGCGGGCAGGAAGGCGCUUUUAGUAUGUGCACGUUUUGGCUCGUCGAGGCCUUGACAAGGGCUGGCGCGUAUGACGAGAAAUACUUGUUACAAGCGGUUACUAUUUUCGAAAACAUGCUGAGUUUCGGAAACCAUCUACACAUAUACUCGGAGGAGAUUGCGCGUUCGGGAGAGCAGCUGGGGAAUACACCGCAAGCAUUUAGCCAUCUGGCGUUGGUAUCAGCGGCAUUCAACUUGGACAAGACAUUGACUACGCGACGGAAGUAG